AUGAAUGGAACAAAUUAGUAGAAUUCAUCUUUUGCAUCAAGGAUUAGAUAGCCAACCCUUGUUAAGAAACUUGGAUCAUCAGAUCAGCAUGAACCCUUUUCAAAUCCAGAAACCUAGACCCUAGAUCAAAUUAAUUAGGGAAGUAAAACUCCUAUUAUUAACAAGACAGAAAAUAAACUUUAAAUGAUUGGGGCACAGAAAUAAACACAGCCUUAGACUUAAAGUAUGCAAUAAAUCCCAUAGCAGAGAGUUUCUCAGCAGAGACCUUUAACAGCUACAACAGAUAUUGCACCUAAAAUGUCUGCAUCUAUUCAAGCAAAGAUUAAUGGAAGUGCAAAUAAGACAAGUAAUACUAUUGGAGGUAAAGGGCUUAACACGAGCAUGUAAUAAUAGCAGCAGCCUUAAAAUUCUCAUAAUGCAGGAUAAAGCAAGCUUAAUCAAUCAAAUUUGGGCAGAGGGGAUCAAGGUAACAACCCUUUUCAAAGAGGUACUGCAGUAUCAAAUUAGCAUUCCCUAUAAUAAUUGACAGCCUUGCAGUAAUAGCUUGCCUCAACUUCAUCUUCAAAUUAUUAAAGUAGGCAGAGCGCACAGCAAGCCUCAAAUUCUGAGGUUAAGAAGUCUACAACUAAUUAAUAGAAUUUGAUUGGUGGUGGAGCUCCAAAAACAAUAGUUUAAGGACCUAGUAGUAAACUAGGAUAAUUGACUCCCUAAAAUCAUGGGGUGCCCUAAAUUUAAUAAAAUACUGCGCAAGGAAGAGGCCAGUUUUCAAGCUUAAUUACAACAUAAAACAAUUAAAAGAGCGUGACAUCAACAAACUUAAAUUCGAUAGCCAAAGUUUCAUAAAUUGGAUCAGGUCUUUAAAGAGUCAAUUAGUAAAUUGUAAAAUAAUAGUAAUAGCAAUAACAGCAUCAAUAACUAUAAAACUCUUAUUUGAAUGAUACUGUAGAUGCUAGUCCCUAAUUUUCAAAAACCUAGUAAUCUGCUUCUAAUUUUCUGAAGUCGAUUAGUAAAGCCCCAGCUAAUAGCACCUAAGGUUAACAACCUUAAUUUUAAAAGUCUGUAUAGUAUCAAAGGACAAGUGAUAUAACUCCUACUAGUGGAGGAUUUGGAUUUUAAUAAAGAUCUGUAAAUUAAAAUGACCAGGAUAAGAGUCCUUUUGAUCAAGCGAAAGAUUCAGAUGAAGUAUUAGAAAAGGCAAUUUAAAUAUCCUAGAAUUUUUAAUAGUCACCAAUAAAUCAAAAACUACCCAUUCAUCCAAUGAGACAAUCAAUGUAAGUCUCAUCAGGUAGCUAAAGUUUAUUCGCAUUGAAGGGAAAAUCUGGUAUUGGAGGUGGCUCAGGGUUCGGGCAAUAAAAUCAACAAUAAAAAUAGCAAAAUGGACAAUAAAAUUUAAUGGCGAAUGAAUCUUUCAACUUAUCACCAAUAACCUAAUAAGCUCACGAGGAAUCUCCAGAUAUGAAUUUUAGACAAAGAACAGAGCUUAUUUAAAGUAAUAUGAAGCCUCCACAAUCAAGUACUAGAUUAAAUGGGACUUAAAGCUCAUCAUUAGCAAGAAAUGGAGGAAAUCUUGUCAAUCCUCAAACAAGAGAAAAACAAAGCAACUCAGUCUAUACUACUAAUAAUCCUUAUAGAUAGGAGAACAACUCAUCUUCACUUAAUAGAUCAAAUCUAUUUGAUAACAAUAAACUUGAAGACAAAAUAAAGGAGCUAUAGCUGAAUUUAGCUAAUCUUCCUGCCUCAUUUAGCAGACCGAAAUCUAAAUCAUACUACAGUAAUCAGUAAUAAAAUCAGUUGCCUAAUUACGUGCAACAGUCAUAAUAAACUAAUGAUUAGCUAAGAUUAUAAUAAAUAGAAAUCAAGCCUCAGGACAUUUAAAUUCAAAGAAAUAACUUUACCUCCGAUUAAUACUCAGUACGAAAUGAUAACAAGCGUAAUCCAUUUAAUAAAUCUACUGAGGCUGGUGACCUAAGACUUAGCACAGAUAAUGAUAAUAUGAUUGGUAGUACUCUGAGUACCAGUCCAGAUAAAAAGUCCUUCGACUAACAAGAUUUGGGUUCGACUCAGUUCAAAAUAAUUGUGACAUAGGAAGAAGAAGCCAAAGAUUCCUAAAGAGACAGUAUACCAGCAUAGUAUUAAAAUCAAUAAUAAAUGCCAUAAGCUUCUCUGUUUCAUCCUUCGCCUGCUUUGAGAAAGAAAAUAUCUCAAACAAGGUUAGGAUAAUAGUUUUAGCAACCAGAAUUGAAAAUCCCAGACAAGCUAAAUGAGGAGAUUAAGGAGGAAGAUGACAAUCUUCUUGAUAAUCUAUCAGAUCAUAUAACUACAAGUUAGCCUGGUUCAUUUGUAAAUGCUGCCACUAAAAUGUAAUAAUAGGCACCAUAGAAAACUACAUCAAGCUUAAGCGUGAACCAAAAGUAGAAUGAACCAAGUAAGCCACAUUAAAGAUAAUCAUUGACUUCAAUUUACAAAAAGUAAAAUAAGCUGGGACCGACUACUACUACUUAGACUAUGCAUACAAUAUAACCUGAAAAAUCAAAGGAACCUACUUUCUAACAAUAGUUGCAACAGAAACUAGAAGAAAAGAAAUAAUAGUAAAUGCAGUAAACGCAAUAAAUUAAAAAGGAGUCAGUAAAUUAAUCAGCUGCAGUAAGCAAUAGAUUGAGCUUGAAUCCCUGCUAAUUAACUAAAACUUAGAGAUAAGAAAUAUAAUAGUAGCAGCAGAUAUAAUAAGCUGGUGGUAAACUCCUAAAAAUCAAGAAAAAGAUUGUGAGAGAUAAAAUAGAAGAGGGUGAUGAAAGAUAAGAGUGUGAUCUCUGCGGCAGAAGAUUUAAUGAGGAAUCUUUCUAAAAGCAUAUAAUCAUAUGUGAGAAAGUAUUCAUUAAAAGAAGAAAGGAAUUCAACGCUCAAAAGCAAAGAACAAUGGAUGAGGAGCAUCAAAAGUUCUUGGAAACUGCUCAGACUAAACUAUCUUAUUACCAAAUUGACUAAAAGCUGAAUGCUAAAUGGAAGAUCUACUCUGCUUAGUUUAGAGCGGCAAUUUAAUCAGCCAAAACUGGAAAGACUGUUGAAGGAGUGCCUGAUGAUAGAGUAGAAUGCGAACAUUGUGGUCGUAAAUUUGCAGCUAUACCUGCUCAGAGACACAUCCCUCUUUGCGCAAAGAAAGCUAUUGAUCUUUAAAAUAAGCUGAAGAAUAAAUAAGCAGGAUAAAAGUAAGCAUAAUAAGUCAGGAAAUCCACAAUGAUUCAGUCCAAGCUAGCUCAAAAGAAAUGA